GUCAGCGGCGUGGGCAGCCAUGGGUCAGCCAGCCAAGGUUUUACAGCUCUUUAAAACACUGCACAGGACCAGACAACAAGUUUUUAAAAACGAUAAGAGGGCAUUGGAAGCAGCCAGAGUAAAGAUAAACGAAGAAUUCAAAAAACAUAAAAACGAGACAUCUCCAGAGAAAAUAAAAGAGAUGCUGAAAAUAGGUUCUGAUGUUGAAUUAUUGCUCAGAACAUCUGUUAUUCAAGGAAUCCACACUGACCACGACACACUGCAACUGGUCCCCAGGAAAGAUCUUCUUACAGAAAAUGUGCCGUACUGUGAUGCACCAACCCAGAAGCUGUAAAGCUUCCAGGAUAAAACCCGCCUCUGCUCCUUCCCACUUUAAAUAUAUGCCUGGCAAAGUCCUGAUGCACAUGAUUCUCUGUGAAGCGGCACGUUGCAAAUGAGCGGCAGGCUGAGGGCUACAGAGCACUGCCAUGCUCUGAGGACAUAGACGUGCGUGUCACUGACAGGCAGCCCUUACGGGCGACUGAAUGCUUGGGGAGGUGGGACACCCUCUCUUUCCCUUUGGUAGGUGUUUUGGUCUUACCAAAGCUGUUUGCGGAUGAAGCACUUUACCAAGUUGGUGACUUUUCAUCUCAUGGGAAACACACCUGCUAAAUAUAAAAUGCUACAUUAGAUGGAUGUUUAAUCCCCAAAAUGUUGGUAAAAAAAUUAACAUUUUUCCGCCAGCUCUCUACUGAAAGCAGCCAUUGUUUCCCAAAGUCCCGUGGUUAUUUCUGUGGCAGACAAGUAAUUAUGUAGUGUAUUUCUCGGCAUUCUUAUGAAGACAACUCUCCCCUUUCUGUUUUGUAUGCAUGGGUGUUUUGCCUGCAUAAAUGUCUAUGCAGUGUGUGUGUGCAGUGCCUGCAGAGGUCAGGAGAGGGUAUUGGAUCCCCUGGAGUUAUAGAUGGUCACGAGUUUCCUAGAAGAGCAACCAGUGCUCUAAAGUACUGAGCUCUCUCUAGCCCCUAUAAAGUCAUUUUAAACAGUCUUCUGAAGUUAGAUAGAUGAAAUAUCAAAGUAACUCUGGGCCACUAUAGAAUAAGACAUCCUAACAUUUUUAGGAAGUAGUGGCCCUCUGUCAGGUGGCUGUGGUCUUCAUAGAAUUAGCUGUAUUUAGUUUACAGUUAGACUUUACUGAGAGGUGCUGUAGAUGACCAAAUUCUCUUUCUCCCCCACCCCUGUCUCUUUCUCUCUCUCCCUCUUUCCCUCUCUCCCUCUCUCCCUCUCCCACUCUCCCUCCCUCCGUCUCCUUCUCUCCCUCUCUUUUGAGACAGGAUCUCCCUGUGCCGUCCUAGCCUUGAACUCUCAGAUCCAAUUGCCUCUGCCCCCCCAGUGCUUUACAUAAUCUGAUCUCCAGUGCUCCAAAUAGAUAAACAUAGUAAUAAUAAUUGGACUUUAUCACAGUUAAAAACAUUUGCAUAACUAUUAGUGAACAAUUUCAGAUGAGGUGAUGUCUGUCAUAUAUCUGAUGACUUUAUACAAUAUAUGUUACCAGGGAUGUAAAAAGAGUUAUCAGACCAUAUAAAGAACUUCAAGUAUAAGAAAGCAAGCAGGGGCUGAGACUGCUCAGAGGUCAACAACUCUGCUCUUCCUUAGGACCUGAGUUCAGUUCCUAGAACCCUUGUCAGGUAACUCCAUCUCCAGGGGAUCCAGUGCCCUCUACUGGCCUCCGAGGGCACUGCAUCAUAAGUAUAAACUCAAACCAACAGUAACAUACAUACACAUAAUAAAGAAAUCUUGAAGCAAGCAACAAUUAAAAAAAAUUAAAACAA